AUGGAGAACCAAUCGUGCAGUCUGAAAACAUUAGGAACAUUCAUGUGGCGGAUUCCGCAGCGAUUAAGCUCGAGUGCAGCGCUGGCCGGAGUAACCUCGUGCCUUCUCGCUUCGCACGACGCAGUGGUUCGAGGGAACCGACGCUCGCGAAUUAAUGCCCACUUAUACGCUCGGGCCUUACGCAGAUUGCAACGCGCCAUUGAAGACCCGGAAGAACGGUUAUCUUCUAAUACAUUAUGCACGGUACUUCUCUUCCAACGAAUUGAGGCAGUGUUUGGGGAGUGUUUUGCUCCUAUACAUCAGUCGUCUUUGCAGAACUGGCGGAAACAUGGCGAGCUCGUUCAUGCGUCGGGAUUAGCUGCUCUCGUGCAGGAGAAAGGUCCACCCAAACCAGAGGAUAAAUCCGAUGUUUUCGUCAUAAUUGAUAGUCAUGCCUGUAUUAUUCAUCAAGCUCUAGUUCAGGGAAAAGUCUGCUUCCUUGCUUCCAAAGAAUGGGAAGCUGCUCUCGACAGCAUUGAGGGUCGAACAGAUAUUCAAAUUAUAUUCUACCAAAUCCUGCGGCAGAUGACGCUUUGGCCCGCACUCCUUGACAAGAAAAAAUUAACCCUCUGUGACGGAGAUCUAGCUACCAAUCUAUCUUCACUCUUAAACGCAGCACAAAGAGUACAGGCUGCUAUGUACGACAUUGGCCAUGAUCUUGACACGUUAAUUGAGACUCGUCGAGUCUGUCGGAAGACACCGUCUACCUGCUUGUCGGACCUAGUCAGCGAGAUCAUUAUAGUGCUCCGGAUCAUUUGGUCCGUGACGGAUGUUCUCCACCGGAUCGUGCUCGAAUUCGAUAUUCUCCAUCUAUGCAAGCGGAGCGCUCUCAUGAUGACUAUGGAAUCUGUGGACUUGGAGGCGCAGGAGAGCAUUGUUGAGAUUACAAAUGAGCUGGACAGAUUCCACGAGCCAGGACGGAUUACUUGGACCAGAGAGGCACUCAUCAAGAAGGCCAUGGUUUAUCGAGGAGAUUUUUCUAUCUAUCAUAAUUAA